AUGUUGGAGAAGGUUCAGCUGCUCGUGACCGUCGUCUUCGGCAAGCAAUCGACGUCCCUGAGCGUGCCAGCGCAAAGUCCACAGAGCCUGGAGCUGCUGAAGACGCAAAUCUACGAGAAAUUCCAGCUGGAGCCCAAAUUCCAGCGCUUGGUGCUGCGUGGCCGCGACGUCAAGAGCGGAACAGCCCUCACAGACGGCUGCAAGCUGCUAUUACUGCGUAAUCGAGCGUAUUACGAGCAACCCGCAGCUAAGACGCAAGCCCCAACUAGUGGAAACUCUUCUUCAGAUUCACCGUCACCUCCAGCAUCAAAUGUUGGAUCCAAAUCUCCACCUAAAGCCCAAGAAAUCGACGUGAAUGAGCUGGAAGAUGACGCUCUAUUGGUGCAGGUUUUCAGGGGCAAAGCUCGCUACGACCUCAUUUUCCUACGAUCUGGGAGUAUUCUAGAUGUCAAGAAGAAGGUCAGUGCAGUGUUGGGGCUCAGUUCACCUCACGCGUUGAGGCUGGUGGUCAAGGGGAAAACUCCAAAAGACGAUACAAUACUGGAGACUCUAACGGCCAACAAGAAGGUGGUCAAGACCAUGGUACUGCUACAAGAGCGGCAGCAUGUGAUGCGAGAGAAGGAAGAAGAUCUAAGAGAAUUACUCAAUGAACUGGCCAGUGCGCAAGUAUCUCUCCAGCGAGUACAGAGGCAAAUGGCACGCAAUUUCACGUCUAGAGACGAGAGCUUGUUCGAGUUGUCGAGGGUGCUGGACGAGGGACAACGAAUCGCGGACAACUUGGAGCUGGUGCAACAGCAUUUAGCAGGAGCCAAGGCUUCAGGACCCCGUGCGAGUGAACAAACGUUGGCUGCUGUAGCACAAGCGAUUCAAGAGGCCAAUGCACUGACUGAGGCAGCUCAAAAUCUGUUGGAAACCCACUCAAUAUCUUGAGAAAAAAGAAGACGUUAUAGUUUCGUAAAGAGGGCACUAACAAAUAAUAGAAUUUCGAUCGAUU